CCUCAAACUCCCAGCAACCAUGUCGAAAUUCGUGGUAGUCAAAGGCGCGCAAAGCGAUACUGCUCUCACAACCAAAGUCACCAGCGGAUCUCCUUACCAGUUAGACCCUGCCCAAGUCGAACGAGCCGCCAAAGGUCUCCUAGGGCACAUGAAGAAGCAUGCGAUACUGAAGGCAGAAUCCGCGGACAAGAAGAAUCUACUCGCAGCAGACGAUGGCGAUUCCGAGGAGGACGAUGCACCCAUCUAUUUGACUCUCUCUACAAAGACCCACGUCAAAGACGAGAAUCGAUUGAAGCCGAACAAAAUCCCACUGUUCCAUUCAAUACAGCCCAAAAAUGUGCGGAUCUGUCUUAUCGUGCGCGAGCCCCAGCGCGAAUUCAAAGACCUCAUCGCAGAUUCUUCAUUCCCUGAGAACGUCAGUGCGAAAAUUUGCCGAGUCAUCGACGUGAACAAGCUCAGAACGAAAUACAAAUCAUUCGAGCAGAAACGACAGCUACUCGUAGAAUACGACGUCUUCCUAGCCGACGACCGAAUCAUCACAACCCUCCCAAAAGUCCUUGGUAAAGUGUUCUACUCCAGUAAAGGCAAGCGGCCAAUGCCCGUCACGGUGACGAGACAGAAAAAAGGCACGAAAACAAGAGUCACAGCAACACCACAGGAAGUCGCUCAAGAUAUUGAGACGACGCUUAUAUCCACUUUGGUCAAUCUGAGCUCCUCUGCAAACACUACGGUUAAGAUCGGCACGCUUUCCAUGACACCCCAGCAAGUAUCACAGAAUGUUGGAGCGGUAGUGUCGCACUUGACGACGAGGUUGAUACCGAAAGGCUGGAGGAAUGUCCGCGCGCUUCAUAUCAAGGGAGGCAGCACAAUGGCGCUGCCAGUCUGGCUUGCGGAUGAACUGUGGCUGGAUGAGCGGCAGGUCCUUGAUCAGCCAUGGACACCUCCAAUUAGAGACGGAGCUCCUCGUAUCAAUGAGAAGAAGAGGAAGUUUGAGGAGUGGGAGAAUGAGUUGAUUGAUGAGGAGGAGCUUGCGGAGCGGAGGUCGAGAUCGAAGAAGUCAGACAAGAUGAAGGCUAUCAAUGUUACCCCGAAGGAAAAGGCUUCGAUUAGUAAGGAGCGAAAGAAGAAGAUAAAGAACGAGGCGAUGAAAUCUGUUCAGGCACCACUAAUCGCUAGCUGAAAACUUGCACGCACAGAAGUCUG